AUGUUUGAUAAUAGCCAACAAAUCACUGACAGAAUUCGGAAUGAUUGCUCCAUUUUCGAUCGUGAUAUACAACGAGAAACGCACUUCGAUGUUAAUGAAUUACAAACAUUUGUUCGAAUUAAUCUGCCGAAAUUGGUAUUCGAACAACGAAAAGCAUAUGACACAAUUAUAAAUGCAAUAUCUAACAAGAGUUGUGGUUUAUAUUUCUUAGAUGCACCUGGAGGCACUGGCAAAACGUUUCUUAUUUCAAUUAUUCUGGCAACUAGAAGAUCACAAAAUAAUAUUGCACUUGCUAUUGCAUCAUCUGGUAUUGCAGCAACUCUUGGACGGUGGUCGAACAGCACAUUUAGCAUCGAAAUUGCCAUUAAAUAUGCAGAAUUUAUUCGAGAGACUCGUUGUUGGAAUGAAGACUUCCGGUUGGAUUGUGAAUAUAACAGCGUUCUCGCAUUUCACGAAGCGUACUUCACGAACGACGAGGCCGAAGUGAACCGCAGCACGUGUUCCGAUGCCAAAGAUGGCAAACUGCCCUGCACAGAAGAUCUCAGGGAAUCCAUCAACAGACGGUGUUCUGGAAUGUCUCACUGCCACUAUGACCUCCUGACUGACCUUCCUGAAAGAGAGUGUCGAUGCCAGGGGAUCAUCGUCCUUCUUUAUUCAUGUGUUCCAGAAUCGAAGUUGGAAAGGUACUGCAAUCUCAAACUAACAGGAACCAGUGGAUACAUCUCCUCUCCCGGUUAUCCUCGAUUCUACCCGAAAGUCUCCAAUUGCAGUUGGUUUCUGGAGUCGUCCCUCCGGCAAGAAAUGAAGCUGACCAUCCUUGAUCUGGACAUAAGACCUGGUGUCCGAACCAAAGGAAACGAAAUAUGUCACGACUCUCUGACUGUAUUGGAGAACAACCAUAAGUUGCGGCAGGUCUGUGGCCACUCUUCCAACAACAUCCCUAUUACCACAACAGGCGGUCGCGUGGAUAUCUUAUUCAAGAGCUACGAGUUCCUGCCAUCAAGAGGAUUCCUCUUACAUUAUAAAUUCAAUGGAUGUCAAAAAUUACCUCCUCCUCGACUGGGUUACAUGGUGUACAGUAACAACCGUUCUGCUCUCUACAUGUGCUGUAAAGGGCAUGUAUUCAAUGACACUCUAUCAAAUUCUUUGCUACUACAGUGUGUGGAUGGGACAUAUUGGAACGGUACAAUUAUGCCGUGUUUACCUAUACAGACAGCACUUCGACAGCGAAGUAACUAUUCAGAAGACUACGAAGAUAUUUACAGGUUAAGUAAUCCGGAUGUUGUUGAAGUAUAUCUCAGCAAACAUAAAUAUAUUGAAGAGGUCCUUAUUCCAGCCGCUUCUGUAGUAGGAUUGGUGUUUGGAAAUGUGGCAAUAAUUCUCCUUAUACAGAAGAUAAGAAAGAAAAGGAAGUCAAAUGUAACAAAUCAUAAUGGUCAAACAAUACCACGACAUUCAAGGUCUGCAAGUAGCUCAGAAGUACCACAAACUCUUCAUGUGCCAGUCACUGUUCCCAUCGAUUCCACAAUUCCACAGCCCAUUCCAAUACCCCAUCCAGUCCCUGUCAUCAGACAAGCACCCAGAGUUCUUAUGACAGACUUAUAGUAAACAGAACUAUGGCAUUAAAAUAACAUCCAUUUACAUUCACAUCAACCUUCAUCACCACACAAGAUACUGGAUAUCUUCUUCCAUUUCCACUAACAUUUGCACAUCAGUUCUUGUAAAAUAUUGCAUCCGUUCACCAUUUUUUUUUUUUUAAUAAUUCAUCUUGAACUUGUAUAAAGCUAUAUUAGCGAUGUGAAAAAGAGGUAUUUUUGAAACGUCGACACCAAUUUCUCAGCAAAAAAAGUGCAUUGACUUUUUUAUUGGAGCUUAACAAGUGACUAAAAGUUUUUAAUGCAAUUUUUAUUUUAUCUUAAUGGCGUAUAACUUACUAUUUAGACCAUGAUGAAUAACUGAAAUUUUGCCAUGAAAAGGAUUCUUCUUAAUAUUAUAUUAUCAAAUGAAUUUUUAUUCAUCCAUUGUUCUAUCAACCAAAUGAAAUUUCAGAUAUUGUUAUAUAAGGUACAUGCUUGAGAAUGUGAUGAUUUAAAACAAUAUACCUCUGACAGUUAUGAUGAUAGUAAAAACAUUUUGAAAUUUUCGAAUGGCAACACCCACUUUUUUUUCUGCGCAAACUGAUUAGCACAUUGAAAAACCAUAAAAUGGCAUUGGAAAGAUACGUGUAUGACGAAAACUGCCUGUGCAAAACAUUUGCAAAGAAGAGUAAAGGGCAAAUGACAAUAGAAGAGAUGAGAAGAGGGGAACUUGUAUUGGAAUUACAAGUUUUCAACAUGUCCACCUUCGCAGGUGCAUGCAGGGGAUUAGUGAAAACAGUGAUAGCAGAAGGAAUCUGUAUAACUUCAUGUUUUAUGGCAUUUUUCAAUUCUGACAAAUCUUGUGGAUUUGAUGUGUACACCUUAGACAAACCCAGAACCAAAAAAUCUGUUGCAGUGAGGUCAAGGGAUUGCUGUGGCCACAAAACUGCAAAGCUGUGAGAGAUGAUCCUAUCUCCCAAAGUCCUGUCACAGCACUUGCCAGAUAUAUGUGGCAACAUAUGGUGGAGCACCACAUGUCAUUAAGGACUUUACGCUGCUGCAAUUGUGGAAUUACAUAAUUCUGCAACAUUGUUUUAUGAUGAACACUUGUGAUCGAGCACAUUUUCAUACUUGUGGAAGUAAUCUCUUUAAAGAAGUAUGGACCGGGAAUGAAUGUUGCUUGCAAUGCCACGCCACACAAUCACUUUAGCUUCAUGUAAAGGCACUGGUGACACGCUGUGAAGAUUUUCAUUAGCCCAGUGAAUGCAGCUCUUGGAGUGAAGAAACGUGCUUCAUCCAUCUAUAAUAUCUGCAGUGGCGACACGUUAUCUUCAUCAUAUCUUAUGAAGAAAAAAUUUGCCAAGUUCAGAUGCUGCUCAUCUUCAAGUUGCAACAUUUGGACAUGCUGGAAUCAAUAUGGAAACAUCCACAGAACAAGGCACAAAAGUCUGAGGACUGAUUUUUGGAACAACCAAACUUAUAACACUUCUUGCAGUAUGCAGUGGGCCUGCAGUAAUCGUAUUGUGCACUUCCAACAGGAACACAUCACCAUCCGGAUCACAGUCUAUGACAUGUGCAUCCAGUACCAUCACAUUUUUUAUCACAUGAUAUAGAGUUUUUACAGACAUGGUCUUGUCUUAGCAUAUGAUUUUGCUGACAAAUUCGCAUGGCUUCAGCAGCAUUUUUCCUACUCAGAUUGAACAGCUUUUUCAAUUCACUACGUCAUUUUCCUAAAAGUGUCAUCUUGUUAGCACAUCUGAACACCUCACUGAAGAAACAAUCUUCCCACACUGAUUAUCAAACAUUUUCCACAAGCAAUGCUUUGCAUAUGGUUUUUUACAAUUGGUGCUUUUACUGUCUAAAAGUUUAAAAAUUCCUCUUCAAUCCAAUAUGAAACUUUCCCAGUAGGCAUUUAAUAGUGCCAGCAUGUUUUGAACUUUGCUGCAUUUACUCCAGCACUUUGUACAAUCUGUACUUUGCAAAUUUAUGCUAAAUAAGGCCCAAUACAUUAUUAAUUUCGUUUGGUUUAUUUAAUUAUUGCAAAAUGCUUUUUAGGGCUAUCUGCCUAAGGGGACAACUUUAAGGCAAACUGACUUCCUGUGAUAUAUGCAAAGUACAUCAAUGCACCUCCUCUCUGUGUUGUCACUGUUCCUUACUGUGUUUCCUUUGCUCUUCUUUGAAAAUGUUUUAUGCCGGCAUUUUCAUCUUAUAUGUAUUGUUCCAAUGCCAUUUACGGUUUUUCAAUGUGCUGAUCAAUCAGGGAAAAAAGUGGGUGUUGCCAUUCAAAAAUUUAAAAUAUUUUCUUUAUUACCAUAACUCAUUUUAAAUCAUAACAAUCUCAAGCACAUAACGUCAAAUAACAAUACCUGAAAUUUAAUUUCAAAUUGUUCAGCAGAUAGGCCACUAGGGAUUCAUAUAUUAUGACUACUCUGUAUAUCUUCAUACAUACUUUUCAAAAUGUAAUUUUCUAAUUCUAUUCUAGUCAUUAUUUUUCACUCUAAAAUUUGAAUAUGAUUGUAUCCAUUUGAAUUUUUAUUUAUAUGUAGAAGUAUAACUCUGGUCUUCAUAAAUAUUUCGUGCGAGUAAAUAUUAAAUUAGUUCAUUUUGAAAUUGAUGAUGAUAUUUCAAGUACAUGUAAUUUCUUUUGUGACAUCAAAAUUAUGUUUUCAAGGAGACACUACAUGCCCCAUUUUUAAAAUAUCAUUUUAGUGUGUACAGUUCUGAAUAUAUUGUGAUUACAGUAUUUUGAGAAAUAUAUAUGUGAUUUGUAUAUAAAAACAUAUGUAAGUAUAUUUUCAAUUUUGUAUAUUUUUCCAACUCUCUUACUAUCAAUUAAUGUAUUUAAAAAUAAAUUUUUAUCCUUGUAUAAUUUAAUCUUCAU